AUGUGGGAAGGGAUUCGCUCGAGACACCAGCGAUUUCACACUAGGGAGAAGCCGUUCACCUGCACAGACUGUGAAAAGGGAUUCACUCGGUCAUCCACCCUACUGGCACACCAGUCAGUUCACACUGGGGAGUGGUGGUUCACCUGUUCAGACUGUGGGAAGGGAUUCAGUCGGUCAUCUGAUCUACUGAGACACCAGCGAGUUCACACGGGCGAGAGGCCAUUCACCUGCUGUGAAUGUGGGAAGGGAUUUGCUCGGUCAUAUCAUCUACAGAUACACCAGCGAUUUCACACUGGGGAGAGAUCGUUCACCUGCUCAGUCUGUGGGAAGGGAUUCAGUCAGUCAUCUGAUCUACUGAGACACCAGCGAGUUCACACUGGGGAGAGGCCAUUCAUCUGUUGUGAAUGUGGGAAGGGAUUCACUCGGUCAUCUCAUCUACAGAUACACCAGCAAUUUCACAGUGGGGAGAGACCGUUCAGCUGCUCAGUCUGUGGGAAAGGAUUCACUCAAUCAUCUGACCUUCAUAGACACUGGGGAUUUCACACUGGGGAGAAGCCGUUCACCUGCUCAGACUGUGGAAAGGGAUUCACUCGGUCAUCCACCCUACUGGCACACCAGUCAGUUCACACUGGGGAGUGGCGUUUCACCUGCUCAGAAUGUGGGAAAGGAUUCACUCAGUCAUCCGAACUCCUGGCACACCAGCGAGUUCACACUGGGGAGAAGCCGUUCACCUGUCCAGACUGUGGGAAAGGAUUCACUCAGUCAUCUCACCUGCAGAGACACCAGCGAGUUCACACUGGGGAGAAGCCGUUCACCUGCUCAGAAUGUGGGAAGGGCUUCACUCAGUCAUCUAAACUACUGGCACACCAGUCAGUUCACACUGGGGAGAUGCCAUUCACCUGCUCAGAUUGUGGGAAGACAUUCACUCAGUCAUCCAACCUACAGAGUCACCAACGAGUUCACACUUGA